AUGCUAAGAUCCUCAGGGCUUUAUGGUCUCAUUGCGGCGAAGACAUAUCUUCAGGUCAAUGGCGUGUACGACCAUGACGAAAGAAUGAAAGAUGCGACCGCAGCUGAGACCGAGAUCCCAAGCUGUUUCACCGACAAGACGCAUAUUAGCGAACGGGGCCAGGGGUGUUCCCUAUUGGUGAUUGAUUCUGCAUCAGAUAUCGGAGGAACCUGGGCUGAAGAGCGACUCUAUCCCAAUCUUCUCAGCCAAAACUCUUAUGGACUGUAUGAAUUCAGCGAUCUCUCGCUCACCGACGUCGUCCCACCGGACGAAGAUGGACCUGGGCAGCAGUUUAUUGCGGGCUGGAAGAUCAAUCGGUAUCUUCAUGCAUGGGCGGAGAAGUGGAAGUUGAAAAAACACAUUCGGCUGAACUGGAGGGUCGAUAGCAUCCAACGUCUGGAAGGCAAAGAAUGGCAGCUCAACAUCUGUAUCACAUCAGAUAGCAACCGUGAUAUCAGCAUUGUCUGCGACAAACUGAUACUCGCCACAGGGCUCAUUAAUCCACGCCAAAGAUAUUGGAAAUUGGGCACGUCAGAAUCUGGGAUAUCAUCCCUGCCGACUCCCAAAAACGAGGAGAAUAGUAUGCCCCAACAGGAGCCGAGGAGCCGCCAACUUCGCUCGGUCGCGAUCCACGGCGGUGCUAAAUCCUCAUUCGACCUGGUACACUUCUUCGCCACGCUGCAUCAACAUGACCCAAGGGCCCAUCUGAACGUAACACCCCAGAAUCCAGUGCAGAUAAAUUGGAUCAUUCGCGAAAAGGGCACUGGACCUUCGUGGAUGGCACCGCCGAUGUCAACUCUGCCCACUGGAGAAGUCGUCCCCAGCGAUAAGGCAGCAAGCAGUCGGUUUCUGCAUUACCUCGACCCAUUCUGUUCGGAGAUCCCAAAACGCGUCGUCUUUCAGAAGUUCAAAGGAGGAUACUUUUGGAGCCUCCGCAUGGAAGGAUCUUGGUGGGCACGGAUGCUUCACGGGAACCCGGUCGGUCGUUGGUUGAUACGUUGGUUCUGGGGCUCACUUGAUCGGGAGUUGGAAGAAACAGCACAAUAUAUUAAGGAUUCCAAGAUGGGAAUGCUCCGACCGAGUCACAGUGUCGUAUCAUGCAACUCAACCAUUGGCAUCGCCAACCAGGCGAAUCUAUGGGAAACGAUUCGAUACUCUCAUGUGAACAUUUAUCGGUCCACUGUACAGAGUAUAUCAGCCCUUGACGAUGGGGACGCGAACGAGCGGAAUGAUGGAGUGAGAGUCAUUUUGGGGGGCGGUGCCUGCCUUGAAGAUGUCGACCUGGUCGUCCACGCCACAGGGUACAAACCCAUUGUACCAAUCAGAUUUGUGCCUCAACUCCUUCGACUGCAACUUGGAAUAUCGGAUAUUUUAGACUACCAGCCUUCCCUGGAGACAGAAUAUGACAUGGAAGGCAUGCAGCACUGGCAGGAGCUGGAUCAAAGAUCAAAGGAACGAAUUACAAAGACUUUGAUUGACAAUGGAUGUUCCCUGGAGAACUGCGAUACAUCACUGGGCACUGAGCGAAGCCAAAUGGUUCCAUUUCGCCUCUUUCGCCGGAUGGUGGCACCGGAAUUAGUGGCCGAGGGUGAUCGAUCCUUUGCAGUUCUUGGAAUCAUUCUCACAUCAACAAUCGCAGUUGUGGCCGAAGUUCAAGCACUCUGGGUCGCUGCUUUUCUGAUUGGGGAAAUGGAUGACUCCAGGUAUUGUCCAUUUGACUCUCUUCAUCCGGACCUCUUUUCGAGAGAUCGAAUGGUGGAAUCCAUUGCGGAGGAUGUGGCAAUUGGAGCAUUCAUCAACGAAGACCCCCAGAAGGAUGAAGAUGAUGCAGAGUCUCCGAAAGAGCAGUCAUCACCACCCGAAGGAGAUCUUCAAAUACACCGUGAACGAAAACGAGAACCCCAUCACUCGGGCUCGGACACACACGCACAGUUACUCGAUGUGGAGCUACCUCAAUGGGAGGCGGAUGGCCCUUCCUCUCAAGGUAUCUCGCUCGCGCAGCCCUCAAAAACACUCUUCAACUACAAUGAUGAGUCCGCGGUCGCUGGUUUACUGGCAUUGGGCACGAGCACGCAAGAGACCAUGCCACCGAGCAUGACCUUUUCGGAGUUUGCGAUCUCCCAGCCAACAAAAGAGCCGUCUGUCACUCAAGUAAUGACCCCAGCCAGAAAUCCUGAUUUUCCCACGGUCUUUUCUCCAGGCCACGUUGAUAAUGCUACACCUUCGACUCUCGCAAUCUCAUCCACACAGACAUUGGAGCUCAUUCGCCAUUACCGUUAUGAGGUCGCGCCGUGGCUUGACAUUUGCGACCUCGGCCAAUUCUUCGGAAUCCAAGGCUUGCAGCUAGCCAUGGUCUCCCAGCCAGUCUGGCAUUCCGUCCUAGCACUGUCCGAGGCGUCGAUGAAUUUGCUACGACCAUUCUCGUCCUUGAUCAUCACGGACAAAACGCUAGGGGCUCCCGCGACUCCGGAGACGCAGCUAGACAUCACGACACUGGCAUUUCUCCGUGUGAUAGAUGAAUCUAAGAACUGCAUAUUGAAUUUCCAGGCAACAUGGUCUCCUCAGAGGGUCUGUGACAAGGAAUUAUUAGAUUCUCUGGGGCCACAAACAAUACGCCGUGACCUCAAUUCGGCCAUUUACUGGUUGUUUGUUCGACUUGACCUCGCAGCUGCUCUAGCCACGGAUACCGACAUCCAAGUUUCCCUACUCCCAUCACUGCCCUACUUGACAAGUAGAGACCUGGAAACUGACCCAUUUGAACAUGUUUUCUGCUUCGCGCAUCGCCCGCUUUGGUUAUGUACAAAAGCAGUGCGAUUCGUACACAAUGAUGACCCAUCGCCCCAGAAUCCACCGCUGCGCGUAUGGAUGGAUCUCAUGGAGGAGCUCGAACAAUGGUAUCAAGAACGGCCGCAAGGAUUUCAACCCAUGAUGGAGAUUGACCUUGAGGACCAGGCCACCGGGCAGGGACAGGGGUUCCCGGUCGUUCUUUUCGCUCAUGGAUCGGGGGGUGUUUAG